CGUUCGUUCUUAGCCGAUUUGACGAAAACCUUUUCGAUGGUUUUGCCGCUAAAGUUGGUAAAGCGGAGUUAUUUUCUUAGACUUUCUAAAACUUUGACUUCUUAAGUGUUGUAUAUGAAGAUAGACUUGGGACAGUGAGUGAAGUUAAGAGUGUCCCGUGUGGCCGUUUUCGGCUCUGUCCACGUUUGAAUUUGCAAACUUGCUGCGAUUGGCUUUGUGGAUGGUUAUGUGCAAUGUGAUCACGUAAUGGCGGGUAAGGCGUUACAGUGGAAAUGUGUGGCUAAUACCACUGGCCCUCAACCUCGGCCAAGACACGGACAUCGGGCAGUCGCAAUCAAGGAUUUAAUGGUAGUUUUCGGCGGCGGCAACGAAGGAAUCGUCGACGAACUCCAUGUUUAUAACACGGCAACCAACCAGUGGUUCGUGCCUAUGACCAAAGGUGACGUUCCUCCAGGAUGUGCAGCAUAUGGUUUUGUGGUUGAUGGCACUCGCCUCUUGGUUUUUGGUGGUAUGGUCGAGUAUGGAAAAUACAGCAACGAAUUGUACGAGCUACAGGCAUCAAAAUGGGAAUGGCGUCGCCUAAAACCCAAGCCUCCUAAAUCCGGUCCUGCUCCGUGUCCUCGUCUGGGUCAUAGUUUCACCCUCGUAAAUAACAAAGUCUACUUAUUCGGUGGUUUAGCAAACGAUAGUGCCGAUCCAAAAAAUAACGUGCCGAGAUACUUGAAUGAUUUAUACACGUUGGAUAUACGUACGACUCCCGUACAGUGGGACAUUCCUAUAACCAGUGGCUCAUCGCCACCACCAAGAGAAUCUCAUACGGGUGUCGCCUAUAUUGAUAAGAAGAACAACAAAUCGUUUUUGGUUAUCUAUGGCGGUAUGAGCGGUUGCCGAUUAGGUGAUUUGUGGUUCCUCGAAACUGAAACACGCACUUGGAGUAAGCCGCAGAUAUCUGGAACGACGCCGUUACCAAGGUCGUUACAUACUUCGACCUUGAUCGGACAUAGAAUGUUCGUUUUUGGAGGAUGGGUACCAGUAGUCGCCGACGACGUGAAAACCUCCACAAACGAAAAGGAAUGGAAGUGUACGAGUACCAUGGCCUGUCUUAAUUUAGAAACUAUGAGUUGGGAACAGCUGAAUAUUGACACAAGUGAAGAAAACGUGCCAUGCGCUCGCGCCGGCCACUGUUCCGUCGGUGUGAACACGCGACUUUACAUAUGGUCUGGGCGUGAUGGAUAUCGAAAAGCUUGGAAAAACCAGGUGUGUUGUAAAGAUAUGUGGUUUUUGGAAGUAGAUCGGCCCUCACCUCCUAGCAGAGUCUCUCUCGUGAAAGCUGGAACCCAUUCUUUAGAAGUCAAUUGGAAUGGUUCGCCGAGCGUUCAGAUGUAUAUUCUACAGAUACAAAAGUAUGAUUUGCCGACGCCUUCCCCUACAACAAAUACUGCUGCUAAGUCUAUACCUGCAAAUACCACAGUCAAACAUGUGCCUGCAGUGCCUCCAUUAUUGGCAUCAGCUAAACCAACACCAAUGGCUAAAGUUGCACCAGCAGUGACUCAACCGAAACAAGUCGUCCAAACAAAUCCAAUUGGAAGUCCACCUAAAACACAAAUCAAAGUUCGAAAUGCGGUGAAAAAUACAUCAGCAUGUGCUCCACUCUUAAUUGCACCUCCACAGAGUGCCAUGAAUACUGAUCCUACAAAAGCUAGUACGUUGUCAGGCAUUCAGGCACUAGCUGCAGCUGCUGCUGCUACCCAAAAAAUAACUGUUGCCCCACAAACAACUCAAAUCAAAAUUGCAUCGCCAAAUGUACGGGUCCAAGGCACAACGGGUCCGAUUAUAAGACAGACAUCACAGGUGACCGGUAAACCUUUGAUCGUUCAAAAAGGCAGCAGUAUUAUACAGAAAAGUGGCGUACAACAGCAAGUUGUAACACUCGUCAAAACCAGUACGGGAAUGACACUCGCGACAUUACCAAAAGCCGGAAAUAUCGUUCAGAACAAAACACCCCAACAACCUAAAAAUACUAUCGUUAAAAUUAUGCCGAGUAAUCCCUCGAGUAAAGUAUUAACGACAGUCAAAGCUAUACCAUCGAAUUUAAUACAAAUGAAUAAAGCGACCGGAAAAUUAAUGCUGUCGAAAGGUGCUGGACAAAUACCGACCAUAAAUAACCAACAAGUUAUAGUCGUCAGUUCAAGUAGCGGUAUUAGAACCAUGCAAUCCGUCACAAGUGCGCAAACCGUUCCUGUUGUCAAAUCAACAACGGUCAAUGUACAACCGAUCGCAUCUUCGUCGGCUAUAACCGGACUACAAGGAGUCAAAAUCGGCAAACCGAUCACGUUAUCUAUGCCCAUGACCGUUGUCGGCUCGCCCAAGACGCUCACCAUCUCCAAAAACACCAAACAAGUUAUGAUCGGGGGCAAACCCGUGACUGUACAGAUGGCGGGCGGUAACAAAGUGACUUUGAUGCAGCCCCAGCAAGGUUUGGGUAAAAUCGUGCGUUUGCCGGUAACGUCGACAAUAGCAUCGUCGAACAAUGCUGAACAACCAAAACUAGUUGUUGUUUCGAGGCCCAAACAACCAACAGCUACAAUAGCUUCGUCAUCGUUUGAUGGUCCUGCAACAACAGAUGUUGCAUUAGCCGCUUUAGCUGCCGAGGCGGGCCUUAUUGACCCCAAACCGGCUAAAGACGCGUCAGUGAGUGAUGAAGGAGAAGCGGCUCAACAGGAUUUAAUUAGACAGUUGGAAGGGGACAACGUUGAUGCCCCUGCAACGACAGAGUCGUCCACUGCAGAUGAGGCUACUGCUAUCUUGUUUGAUAACAAUGGAAUUAACCAGACUUUAGGUUUGAAAGGAGGGUCGAUGCGUAUGCCGCCGUAUAAACCGUUCAAUUACAAGAUGGGUUUGAGAGGUGGAAGCAAAGAUUCGAUUGAAAUGACACAUAAUCAAAGUAACGAGGAUGUAAAUACUGAUGAGAAUAUGACGGAUGCAACGUCAAUGAAUGGCACUGUGAGUGAGGGGGCUGAAAAAAUGGAAAUAACGUCGGUGAAAGAGGAAAGCAUGGAUGAACAAGAAGAGAAAUUCGAUUCUUCGAAUCUAGACGGCGAAUUAGGUGCGAGUUUUGGCACUAAUCAAGAAAUGGCUGGAUUUGGGGAACGACAAGAUGGUGAAGAAGGGCCUCUACUCGACGAAGUGAAAAAAGAAGAUGGCGAUGCCUUAUCUGCCUUAGCUUCGGCCGCUUUAGACCACUCAAAAGAAAACAAGAAGACUGAUAAUACGAAUAAUGUACCAGAAACGAUUAAUAAGGAGCAAUGGCAUACAGUUGGAUUCAUCAAAGGAAACAGUUGUGACGUUUUGAGUUACUUCAUGUUGGAUGAAUGGUCCGAUUUGACCGUUGAAAAUUUGCCGGACUUGACCGGAUUUCAGAGAAUUUCGCUCGAACCAGGCACGGCUUACAAAUUCAGAGUUGCUGCCAUUAAUUCAGUCGGAAUUGGAAAUUGGAGCGAGGUUUCGGCCUUUAAGACAUGUCUGCCGGGCUUCCCGGGCGCGCCCUCCGCGAUUAAGAUCGCUAAAUCGGGCGACGGAGCUCACUUGUCAUGGGAGCCCCCUAGUAGCAAUCAAGGUGAUAUCUUGGAGUAUUCCGUUUACCUUGCCGUUCGCGGAAAAGAUAAAGCCACUCCCCCGGCUCAACUGGCUUUUGUCCGCGUCUAUUGUGGACCAAACAACUCUUGCGUGGUUCCAAAUUCGACAUUGGCGGCUGCCCAUUUGGACACCUCGACAAAAGCCGCGAUCAUUUUUCGAAUCGCGGCCAAAAAUGAUAAAGGAUAUGGACCCGCUACUCAAGUUAGGUGGUUGCAAGAUUCGCAAACUACAAAUAAAUCAACAAAGCGUUUGCAAGAUGAACGUCCUAUGUUUAGUAAGAAAAUGAAAUUUGAAAAAGAUGAGAAUUAAAUGAAAAAAGUUUGUCUGCAAUGACGUGAAUUAUCUUGAGACAAACUACGGGGCUGGUUAAUUUUCAAAUAUAUAUUUUUUCUUUUUAUUUGAAUCCAUCAUGAAGUCCCAUGGAUUUGGUUUAUUCCCGACUUUUUAUUUACUUUGAGAAAAAAAAACAUUCUAAAAUGUAUUUAAUCAGAUGAAACUGUGCUAGUGACUUUAAGUCCUAUUUUAUUUCUAAGUAGUAACAAAAAAAACUUUAUUUACAAUAAAUUAGUUUGUGUGAUAUCGGUCAUGAUAUCUUUUAGAAGAAAAAUUAAACAUUAACAGUGUAAAAGGAAUGGUUGACUGUGUACUACUUUUUUUUUUCUCUAUUUUUUACUAUAAAUCUUCAGGCUUUUUAAACAUGAAGACCUUGUAUUAUUUGUAGAUUGUUAUAAGGUAAGGCUUAGGAAUUUCUUUAUUGAUGUUGUCCGUAGUACAAAUUUGUCAAUUACGGAUAUCACAAUAUACGUUUGCACAUUUUGUUCCCACUUUAAAUUUUACUGCUAUAAUUGUUUUUUUUUCAGUUUAUGUGAGUUGUUAUUAAGGUGUCUUUUUACAGAUACAUUAUAUCAAGUAGAAUAAAAAUAGAACAGAGAGAAUUGUAAAUAUUUAUUGCUCAUUCAUUAAAGAACAGUUCAUUGCGUUUCUCUUUAUAUUUAUUUUUAAAAUAUAGUUUAUAUGUAAUGUACGAAAAUGGUAAGCGGCCAACAUCGACUACAAAACGUGAAACAUAAUGAGGUGUUUUGGUAAAUGUUCAAUAGAUAUUCUUCUUACGUGAAACAGAAUUUAAUGUAUAAUUUUUAAUUAAAGUUUCUGUAACUAUUUUAUCUAUACUACAUAGCAAUAUCAUGUUCUUGAGUUUGUUACUAUUGUAAAAAAUUUAUAAUGCAAAAAUAAAUCAUUCUGUUAAU